AAAAACAACGAAACUCUUCGCCUUGUAUCUUCUUCCUUCAAAUCUCACAACUCACUCUCUCUCUCUCAACCCUGAUCACGCCUCUGCAAUCUGCCCACCGCCGCCCUCCGUCUCCGUUCACUCACACUGCAGCCAGCAGGUGACGGCGGUUUUUUUUCUCUCAGUACGGUUUCUUGCUGAACGAUAGUGCUCGACUAUGAAAAAGAACGUGAAGAAGAAUAGCUCGGCUCCUCCUAGAGGGGCAAAGAAGGGGAAGAAUUUUCCACUCAGUAAGGAUCCUUUUUUCAGUUCUGAAUCGAGGAAACGGAGGAAGAUUGUUGAUGAUGAGAUUGAGAGCGGUGAAUCUGAUGAGGAUAAUGCGUUCGUGGACGAAGGUGCUGAGAAUGAGGAGUUUGAGGAAGAAACUGCUGAUGAGAAAAGGAAGAGAUUAGCGAACGAGUACUUGGAGAAAAUUCGGGAAAUUGCGAGGAGAGGUAAGGAGAGGGAAGAUGAAGAGAAGGAUGAUGAUGAUGAGAGUGGUGACGAAGGCGGAAAGGAUUCACUUGUUGCACAAAUCCUUCAGCAAGAACAACUCGAAGAUAGCGGAAGGGUUCGUAGAGAAAUUGCAUCAAGGGUUCUGAAGCCAGAAGCUAGAGAUGGGUUUGAAGUCUUGAUUAAGCAUAGACAAUCUGUUACAGCUGUGGCUCUAUCCGAUGAUGAUAUGAAGGGGUUUUCAUCGUCUAAGGAUGGUACGAUCUUACACUGGGAUGUAGAUUGUGGUAAAGGGGAAAAAUAUCAAUGGCCCAGUUAUGAAGUAUUGAAGUCGCAUGGUGUUAAGGAUCCCCAAGGUCAGGCUGCAAGACAUAGUAAAGUCACUUUGUCGUUAGCAGUCAGUUCUGAUGGUCGAUAUUUGGCAAGUGGAGGCUUAGACCGCCAUGUGCAUAUAUGGGAUACACGUACAAGAGAGCAUAUUCAGGCAUUUCCUGGUCAUAGGGGACCUGUUUCGUGUUUGACUUUCAGGCAAGGGACCUCAGAACUUUUUUCUGGUUCAUUUGAUCGAACUGUCAAGAUAUGGAAUGUAGAAGACAGAGCUUACAUAAAUACAUUAUUUGGUCACCAAAGUGAAGUAUUGACUAUUGAUUGCUUACGGAAGGAAAGAUUGCUUACUGUUGGACGUGAUCGGAGUAUGCAAUUAUGGAAGGUCCCAGAGGAGUCCCGUUUAGUAUUUCGUGCACCUGCAUCAUCCUUAGAAUGUUGCCGUUUUAUAAGCAAUGAUGAGUUCUUAACUGGAUCAGAUGACGGCAGUAUUGAGCUUUGGACUGCAUUAAAAAAGAAGCCUGUUUAUAUUGUACGAAAUGCUCAUCCUUCUUCAUUGUCUUACCCUAAUUUGGAGACAAAGGAAAAUGGUGCCAUCCCCAAUGGUUGUAUGGGAAAUGGGAAUGCCAAUCUUAAUACUUCUCAUAGUUUGUCAGCACACUCUUGGGUAAGUUCAGUCUCAGUAUGUAGAAACAGUGACCUUGCUGCAUCAGGUGCUGGCAAUGGUUUUGUUCGUUUAUGGGCUCUUGGAAGUGACAAGAAAGAUGUGCGACCAUUAUAUGACCUUCCUCUGGUUGGGUUUUUGAACUCCUUGACUUUUGCCAAUUCUGGAAGGUUCGUGGUAGCUGGAGUUGGGCAGGAACCUCGUCUAGGAAGAUGGGGUCGAAUCCCAGCUGCUCGGAACGGAGUUGCAGUUCAUCCCCUUAAACUCUCAUGAAAAACUGAAUUGAAGAGUUCUAUACCCUAUCCAAUUUUGACUUCUCAGAGCUAAAAGUAAAAUUGAAAGAGUUCACCCCACCCCCACCCCUGUAUUUAUUUAUUUACCUAACUUUUUCCCACCAUUUAGCCAUGGAAACAAUAGUAAAAUUAGAGCAUUCAUGUUUUUUACUGAGAAGGAUGAGUUUGAAAGCCAUUGAAGAUAGAUUCUGUUAUGAUCACAUGGGCCGCUCAGUUGGGGUUUCCUGGCAUUUCCCUGUGGUGAUGUACCUUUUUGGGCAAUUCAUUAUUCAACUGUUUCCAAUCAAGUCGUUGUACCAAGGUUCACAGUGUUCACAUUCAUCACUUUGUACGUCAUAAACUGCAACAAAUCUUCAUUGUACUUUUUAUUUUUAUAUUGGUUUCAGAUUCUCCAGGAAACAAAAAUGGUUUAAUUCAUGGAAUUCUGGUAUGUUGAUGAUGAUAAAGCCUUUGGAAUACUGUUCUUGAGUUAUAGUCA